AUGGCCUCAUUGGUGAAGGGAAAAAUCCUUGGGGUGAUUGGAGAUGAGGACACCGUCGUUGGAUUUCUUCUCGGCGGGGUCGGUGAACUCAACAAGGCACGAAAGCCGAACUAUUUGAUUGUGGACAAGAACACGGCAGUCACCGAGAUUGAAGAAGCCUUUAAAACGAUGUGUGCAAGAGAAGACAUCGCCAUCAUUCUCAUCAAUCAACACAUUGCCGAGAUGAUUCGAUAUGCCGUGGAUCAGCAUACAGCGAGUAUUCCGGCCGUACUCGAGAUUCCGUCCAAAGAAGCCCCAUAUGAUCCUAGCAAGGACAGUAUUCUCAACAGAGCCAGAGGUCUCUUCAAUCCAGAAGAUUUCCGU